GCGAUUUUGUAAGCAUUUGGCGAGGUCGCAGCUGCGCGUCUACAACGUUCCAUACAGUUUGUUAGUACACACAAUUUUCUCUUGAUUUAACCAUGUCAUCGGACGGGGAAACCUGCCGAAUAAACAUCACAAAUGGGCUUCUAUUAUAUUAUCACCAUUAUUCAUAUUAUUCACAAAAGGUGAUAAUGGCAUUGCAUGAAAAAAAUUUGAAGUAUGAAGGCGCAGUGGUGGAUAUUAUUAAAGGACAACAAUAUGAUCCAUGGUUUUUGGCUAUUAAUCCAAGAGGUGAAGUUCCUGUACUCCAAGAUAUUGCCAAAAUCAUUCCUGAUUCAACUAGAAUCAUUGAUUAUUUAGAAGACAAUUUUAGUAAUGGUGACACACCUCGUUUAAUUCCAAAUGAUCAAGGAGAUGAAAUCAAACAAAAAGUGAUUAAAUUUCGCAAUAUGAUCGAUCAAAUCCCAUCGGGAAUAGUGACGAUGGGUUCGUUCUUCCACACCGAAUUUGUUCAAACUCCAAAAGCCCCGUUUUACGCCCCGGUCAGGAAACUUCUAGCAAAUGCCGAAAAAGGUAGCAGCAAAAAGUUGAGGGAGUACGCCGAAAAAAAUCCUUCCUGCCGAGAUAUCCUGUUACAAAAAGCUGAAUCGCAAGAAAAAAAACAUUUAAACGUUAUCGAACGGGAUCAAUUUUAUAAAAUUUUAGAUAACAUUGAUAGGGUUUUAUCAUCCGUUGAAACAGAAUUAAGUUCGCAUGAUGAAGAAAAAUCAAAUUGGUGGCUAUGUUCAGAUCGAUUUACUGUUGCCGAUAUAAGCCUAACAAUUUUAUUGGAGCGCUUAAACCAAUUGGGAUUAGAAUCUCAUUUUUGGUCGUUGGGAAAGAAACCGUUUUUAUGUACUUAUUAUGAUAGAGUCCAACAAAGAAGUUCGUACAAAAAAGCAAUACCCAAUACUUGUGUUCAUAUAAAAACGUUCGUUAUGUCCCAAAACCCUGUACAUUUAGCAGUUGGGACCACUGCAACCAUAGCGAUUUUAAUUGGUGGAAUUGUAUUAAUAAAAAAAAUGUUUUCUUAAGAAUGAAGGUGUGUGUUAGAUAACAGCGGAUGCAUUUUGUUUGUUGCGGGAUAAAAAUUGGAAUAUUUUUAUAGAAGAUUAAAAUUGGAUGUUGGUUGUUGAUGUAAUAAAUUACUUUAUUUUGA